AUGACAACCUUCGUCCCGCCCCCGCCGUACAGUCCUCAGGAGCUGAAAUCCCUAUAUCCAGAGAGCCUUGAAUUGCACCUUGUACAGCUUAUAUUUCGCCAUGGUGAAAGAACACCUGUGGGUGCGAGGUUUCAGGAAACGGGAUUGGCGCCUCUGUGGCCGUAUUGUAACUCUGUGGCAAGAUUUAAGGCGGCCGUAGUAGAGAACACUGGCGAGUGGAGCGAGCUUGCUUUUAAAAGAAGAACCGAGACUGUGGGGGAUAAAGGGCAGGCAGUUGUUAGUGGUGCCGGUACCGGUACUGAGGAUUCAAUCUGCUCAUUUGGCGAACUCACCGACCUCGGAAGACAGACCACCCUCGCACUUGGUCAACGCGCCAGAAACCUCUACAUCAACCAACUCGGCUUCCUCCCUCCCAGUCCUGGCCCCCAAUCCAGCCACUACCUCCGCGCUACCCCUGUCCCAAGAGCUCUAGAGUCGCUCCAACAAGUCUACACCGGCCUGUACCCCACUUCGACACAGGGUCCUACUCCCGAGAUACCUAUAAUCUACCAGCGCACCUUCUCGCAGGAGAACUUGUUCCCCAAUGAAGCCAACUGCCGGCGCUUCCUCAUGCUGACUCGCGAGUUUGCCUCUCUCGCGGCCCAAAAAUGGAACGACUCACCGGAGAUGCAGCAUAUACAGAGCCGUAUCGGUAAGUGGGUUGAAGGUGGCGUCAAAGUCGACGGAAAGCCGCGGCUGUCUGGAAUUAUGGAUACCGUAAACGCAACGCUCGCGCAUGGCCCUGCGACAAAGCUUCCGGGUGAGUUCUAUGAACCUGAGGUGCUAGCUGCUAUGGACAAAAUCAAUGUCGAUGAAUGGUACCGUGGGUACUCGCAGUCCUCGGAGUACCGACUAUUAGGAGUCGGCAGUCUUCUGGGAGAUAUAGUGGACCGGAUGGGAAGUUCUGCUAAAGAGGAUGUAGAGAAGGAGGGAAGACUGAAGGUUUCUUUAAUGGGCUGCCAUGAUACUACAUUGGCAGGACUGCUGGCGUCGUUAGGCGCUUUCGAUAAUAAGUGGCCCCCCUUCACCAGUAGCAUCGCCUUCGAGAUGUUUAGGAAGAAAGAGAUUAGCCAGGGUCGGGGGCUGUGGGCAAGAUUAAUGGGCAGUGGUAGGGCAAAGGACGAAAAUUAUUAUGUAAGGCUGAGGUAUAAUGAAGUUCCUGUUGUCGUCAAGGGGUGCAAGAAACCCGGAAACCAUCUAGAGGGUGAUGAGAGCUUUUGUACCCUUACAGCGUUUAAAGAAAUUGUAGCAAAGAUGAGGCCAAAGGAUUGGCAGAAGGAGUGCCUAAUGAACAUGGAUAAAAAGGGCAUCCCACCAGUCGAGGAGGUGGAAUAA